UUCUCUUUUAGCAAUGCAUCUCACAGAUCUUAAUCAAGAGUGCCUGCUUCAUCUUUUUUCAUUCUUGGAUAAAGGCAGUCGGCAGAACCUGUCUCUAGCUUGCAAACGCCUCAGAGAAGCCUUUCUGGACCCUCAGCUUUGGUCUCUGCUUAACUUUUUCUCCCCUAGUGAACUUACAAGGAAUAACUUCAUCCUUGGACCAUUUUUGAGGCACCUGAAUAUAUGCUGGCAUUCCAGCAGGGUCAAAGUGUGUAACAUUGAAGACUAUAAGAAGACAACAUUCCAGAGGGACCUUUGCAGUAAGCAUGCGAGUCUGGUGAGCCAUUUCCUGGAGCGUGUCUGCCAAAUGUGUCCAAACUUGCUGUCUCUAAACCUUUCUGGUUGUGGACAUAUCACAGAUGGAGACGUGAUCAACGUGCUACGCUCUUGCAGGCGACUGCGGCACCUGUGUCUGGAGAACUGCUGCCGCGUGACGGACGCUGUGCUGCAAGCAGUGGUAACCCAUGGAGGCAGUCUGCAGGAAGUGAGGAUGGAUUUCUGCAGGAAUGUAACACACACAGGGCUGCAGGCUUGCAGAGAGAAGAGGCCUGCAGUUCGGCUAGUUGCUGAUCGGAGUGCAGGGAUGAUACCUGACACUGAGCCUGGGGGAAAACUGCACAUCAGGAGGGCACUGCAGAAAAUCCUCAUCUUUUCCUGAGAGCUAAGAAUAAUGAUGAGAAAAUUAGAUGUUUUCUUCUGAGAAAUCAAGGCACAAUGAUCUGAUGAUUUUUCUUUUCUUCUUCUUUUAUUUGGGAUUCAAUAAUGGGAUUCAUUAUAUUCAGAUGUCUUAUUUUAAUUUUUGUUUUUAAUUAAAAUUUUUGUUACUCAGGUAUUUAUAUGAUUCAAAAUGAUGUGAAUUUUCCCCCUUUUUCCCCCUUCUUUAAAUACCUGUAUUUAAUACCAUUAAUUUCAAACUUUAUUAAAAGAAAAGUGUAAUUUUUUUCAUCACUUCCAGCAUGCAGUUCAGAAUCAGCUUCUUUAAUUUAAUUCAAAGUAUAGAGAAUGUUCCAAACACUACAUUUCUUCUACUCAGUAUCUCGAUUAAAUUUUCAAGCUAAUACACAUAGAUUACUUUAGUGAUUUAAGAGGACUGCCUGCCUUAGCUCACUUUGUUCUUAACGUGGGCCUGUUUAUGUAACUAAAUGUCCUUACUUGGAUUUGCUCUGCCAUGGUGCAUUCACUGUUUGUAUCAGUCUCAUUAUACUUCCCCGAAACACUCCACACUACAACUCACAGUAAUGCUCAGAUAUGAACCUGAUUCUUGUUCAAGGAUACUGUGAUCGCAUUACCAGCUCCAUUCGAAAUAGUAUCUAGCAACCAUAGUGCUGUUCUGGGUAGUGGGUGUGUUUUUUCACCCUACAAAAAUAAGUGAAUGGUUGUUUAUAGACCGACAUGUUUUGCUUACAUGAUCACGGGUCUACAUGAUUCAUUCAGCCAUAGAGACUGUAGAUAUUGGACAGGAUCCGAGUUCCGCUGCCAGGAUGCUUGCCCAAACAAAACCGGUGGAGUGGAGAGAGGACAGCGAGAGUCUCAUGUCGCUUUUAAUGCAGGGAUAGGACAGAGAAGUGGAGCUGUCGCUUCAGACACAGAGAGCACUGAGCUCAUGUCUCAGCACACAAAGGUUAACUGAGGGUGUGCUGGGCUGGCUUUCUGCCAUAGGGCUGAUUAGGAAAGUUAUGUAAAAGAGUUGGAGGCAGAACUGCUGUAGCCUGGUUUGUGAAGAUGCCACGUGACCCCACUUCAUUUUUAAAGUGUUGUACUAGACGAAACCGGUUUCAUUAGAGGGGGCGCUCUAUGUGUUUCACCUAUAGACUGUUAUUUUAUAUACAAUUAUUUCAAGAAUAAUGCUGUAUAAUGUGGUGAUUCUAUGACUGAGAUUCAUAAUCUCUCCCUCUGAUAUUACAUCUACAAUUAUGUGUAUAAAACAAAAGUAAAAGCCAAAUUAAUCCUUGGCAAAAAAACAAAAACAAAAACAAGUGUGUACAAUACAACACUUCGAAAACAGAAUUUUCCUCUCCCAUCCCACAAUUUUAGCAAACAUUUAUUUUGCAUGAAUGCAUAACAUCUUUUGCUAAUAUCAUUUUCAGUGUCAUCCAUUAAAGUUACACUGUAUUCCUGUCAUUCAACACGUUUAGAUAAAAAUAUUCACCACUGUGAAAUAUUUGUAAUAUUCCACAGGUCACAUGUUCACAACUGGAAGUUGCAACAUCCGAAUUUCCUGAAGAUCGUGGGAAUAUGAGAAGUGCAUUCUUUAAUGUUUGCUCUUUAUUUCCAUUGAUAUUCUGAUAUAGACUGAUGAGGUGUUGAGGACCAAAGAAAAUAUAAUACUGUCACCAAAAAAACAUGCAUCUACUUCUACACAUUCUAUGCUGAAAGCUCAAACCUUUUAUUUUGUAAAAUGUUACUCUUUCAACAGCAGUGUAACAGCACUGUUGAGUUAACACAUUGGAAUGGGUCAUCUGUAUGUUUUACUACAUUCACUAUAUCAAUUAUUUUUAAAGGGCCAAAUGCCACCACAAUCAUGAACAUACUACUGAAAUAUUGUUUAAUGCUAAAUAGAUCUGAUAGAUCUAAAGGCAGCCCCCAGGAACCACCACCAGUUUCAUAAUCCAGUAUGUUGAUCAUAAACAAUUUGCUCAUUAUUUGUGUUGGCUGGGGAAAACUUUGUCUAUUUAGAAAAUUUCAAACCUCAUGGAAACUCAGAGUUUUUUCUUGUCAUCCACGAGCAAGAUUUGAACCAUGAGUGCAAAAAGUGUUCUACAUUUGUCACUUUAUACAGCUGGUUAAAUAUCCUAGUAGAAACAUACUGCUUCUUUUAAAACUCAUAACUCUGGAAUCCAAUAAAUUAUACAAGAGCUAGAUUUGAGUCGUUUUGUCUGUGCAGAUUGCAUAGGGGUAAUAAACCUUUCAGAGAUGUGAGCAGGUCUGACAUUUCUACAGCAUCUCUUUUGAUGAGAGUCAUGUAUUCAGAACUGGAACCAUCAUCACUAUCAAAAACGCAUUAUGGGAAACCUGACCUUUGCUCAACACUGAAUGUAAUAAAAACAUCACUCUGUAAAACCCAUGCCUGCAGAGUUAUUUUAGCUCCUAGGACAGGACAAAGUCAAAUUAAAGAUACGUUUAAAUGAACUUAUGCUCACAAGACUGUAAAUUCCACAAACUUAAUACCCCAUUUACAAAGUGUUUGUGUUCUUUUUUACUUAAACAGUUUUGACAAGAGCCUUAUAAGUUCUUUCUUCUGUAGCCAAUAUCCUCAAGAUGUUCUUUCAGUGGAGUCAGAUCUUUUCUGUAGGGAAUCUAUCAGCUAUGGACAAGAGAUAUGACACUGAAAUAACAAAGGGAUUAGCAUUUUUAAAUUCUCUUAGAGAAAAGGUAAAUAAACAUUGUGCAUGUGAUCUCGGUGGAGGGAGACAUCAGUGAGUACUGAUGUACAGUAUUACUGCAGGUUUUUGUUGAGCAAUAGUUGGACUGUGAUUUGGUUAUAUAACUGUUGUCAAUAAAUUCUUCAAGCAAGCUGUUGUGAUAUUCAGACAUUUUGUAUUCAGCGUUCUUUUACAAGUUUAAACACUUUCUUGGAUGUCUUCAUUUACUAAGAAUUUCAAAGAACCAGUGGAACAAGACACAGAGGUUAAUAUACACUAAAUAUCCUGAAUUCACAGUUAGUCAGGCAUUUCAUUUGUUGUAGGUGCCAGUUCUCUUCUAGGAGUUACAUAAUCAACCUUCCAGUUGUUUUUGCAAGUUGUAUUAGUUAGUCAGGUAGAACUAGAAAGAAAUUAAACACUGACAAUCAGAGUGAUAGUGACAUUCCAAACUAUCUGUGUGUUGAUUUCAGUACAACUCAUGACCUUAUGUGAAACAUGUUAAAAGCUUUAUAGCAAGGUGGGAAUCAAACCUUCAGCUGAAACACAAACACAUAUGCACAGACAUGAUUUGCAAUUAUAUACCUUAGUAAUAGAGUUUUAUAUUCUACUUUAUCUUAACAUGCCUUCACUUUCCCAAAACAGUGAAAGCUUAAAGUAACAGAGACAGCAGUCCUUCACCUUGAAGCAGGAGACACGAAAAGGACAUAAGAUUGUGUGGUAGAUUUUCUUCUACAAGGUCUACAUUAUUGUUGUUUUAUUUUUUUCUGGAUCCAUGGAUAACAAAGAGAUUAUGCACACGUAGAACCUCAUGGGAUAUUAUUGUUUUUACAACUAUUCAUAAGAAUUAUUUAAAGCUGGGGUAUAUAUAAAUUGCAGCAGGAAUUGUAAAGCCUUUGCUGGGGCUUUUUAAUCUAUUUAACCUUAUUUAAAGAUGAUGUUCUGUCAAAGGAAUUGGGGAUUUUGACUCCACUAGCAGACUUGCAAAUUGAGUUUGUUUGAACACUUUACUUUUCUGUAGUCCUUCUGAGUUUUUCAUUUUUAGAUGGCUAUAUUCCUGGUACACAUUUAGAUUGAUGUGCUUUUUCUUCAAGUCAUAACCUGGUACAUGACUGAACAUGCAUGUAAGUCAUUUUUCCCCUGCAUAUGUUUGGCAUGUUAUGUAAAGUUUCUCUGUUGGCAACGCUAGCCCCACCCAUACCUUUGCUUAAGGAGCAACUGCAUUAAUUCAGCAGGUCCUCCAUUCUGUAAAUUAAUCUUAUUGUUGUCCAAAGAAUGCCUCUGUCUUCAUUUUAUAACCAUAAUAUUACAGCAUCCAUAUGAAGUGUGGAUUCUAUUCAGAAAUCAAUAUACACUGUAUAUAUAUUUAUGGUAGAAAAUUGUGCACACAUAAAAGUUUAUAAGUACAUAUAAUGAGAGCCCAUAUUUUCAAUUAUUUCUGCGUACAGGCAAAAUACUUUAUAUAUACAAUAGUCACAGCAAUUCUCUCUCUCUCUCUCUCUCUCUCUCUCUCUCUCUCUCUCUCUCUCUCUCUCUCUCUCUCUCUCUCUCUCUCUCUCUCUCUCUCUGUAGUUCUGGAAGAAUGCAAAGGCAAUUGAGGUCACAAACUUUUCCCCCCAGAAAUGUUGGCAGGAAGUCAUAUUAUAGAGACUCACAGUUUGAGUGGAAGGUGUGUGUGUGGAGUCUGAUGUGUCAAGUAGUAAUCAAUGUCCCCCCCCCCAUUUUUACACUCCUACAGCUAUCUUCAUUCUUCUGGCAUCUUCCAUGUGCUGAGUCUCCUGCAUAUUUUACUCCAGUUUAGUAAGACACACAAACAUGCUGUGGUUGUACCUGGGCACUGUUCUGGUUAUUCACCAGUAGUGUUAUUGGUGCAAGUGGGGUGUGCAUAUGUGUUUGUGUGUUUACGCUAACCUGAGAUCAACAGGACAGGUGAGAGGGCAGGUGAGAUGUGUACGGUCUUUAUUGAUGUGAGUUCAGCUGCAGAUACUAGAUAGAUGCCAACUUUUAUUUUGAUAUGGAUUUGUGUGGAAAAAACACAUUGGUAUCAUACCUUGAUAUCAAACAUGGUAUCAUAUUUUUCACUUCUCAUGUUUCAUGUAAUGCCUCUGUUCUCAGUAGUAGAAUUUAGGAGUUAUUAGAAGAAUGUGUGUGAACUGGAAUUGUUUUCAGGGUUUUUAGAUGACUCAUAACUUCUGUGAAUUUAUUUUUUUCUCAGACAUUCUUAAGCACUGUCCUCUAAUGACCCCAAACAACCCCUCACCCCCUCACUUCUUUAGCUUUUACUUUCUUUCUCUUUCUCUUUCUAUUUAGGUUUAAUAGGCAUACCUAUAUCUGAUAUGCAACAUGUUCCUCUUUUGCUCUCUUUUAAAGCCAUGUUUUUAUUUUAGUAAUUACAUAAUAAUUACUUGCCAGUUUUAAACAAACAAGUUGUACCAUUAUUCUGUUUAAACUUAUUAUGUAGCAAACCCAUUUUUCUAGUUUUUCUCUGUAUGUUGUUAACUUUGAAGGUUCACUUUAUGUAACUGCACUUCAGGCUCAGUAACUAUGCUUGUCAAUCUUCACUUUCAAGGACACAUUUUCCACAUCUGUGUCUUCAUUUGAAAAGCAAAUUAUGAUGAUACAAGCUUGAAGUUAAAUGAAAAGCAGUGUAAUCGCACGUACACAUUUGUUUAUGCAGCAUGGAGUAGAAAUGCAUUCCGAUAUAAAUUUAAAGCCUGGAGUUGACACAGUGGUUUGCCUAUUGGAACUGAUAACCUUUUAUAUGAAUCUCACUUUUGCUGCAUUAUACUGUAAGCUUACUCUAAGUCUAAUACUAGCUUUGUUUUUAUGAUACUCUCACCCAUGUGAUCAUUUUCAUCAUCUUCAUAUGGAUUGUCAGAUGAUGUUAUGAGAGUUAUAAGAAAACAGAGCAUAUGCAGAAUAGUACUGCAGACAUUAAAACAUAAUAUAAUACAU